GGAGCAGCAACAUAGAUGACGCAUCAGAAUCCAUCGUUAGCAAUAGAUCAUUAGUCCUUUUUGCGAGGGCUGUCUCCGUGGAGUGAUUUUUCCUGAAACCGGAUUGAAAGGUUUCACAUAGAUUGUUAGAUUGUGCCAUUACCGAGGGCAGUAGGUCAGCAAGAGUUGUCGUUGUGGCCGUAUUAAUGUUGCGGCUGCUAUAGCAGUUAUUAUUAUUAUUAGUUUGCCGAACAUGCGUCUGAACCUCGAAUUUUAUAAGGUAAUGAUUGGACAAGACUUAGUAAGUGAAUAGCAACCUGUACAAUUGAACAUAAACAUGGUACAUUUUGCUUAACAAUAUUGUUUUAUACAUUAAAAAUUUCAGUAGAUACUGUGUUAUAAGAGGAAGUAAAAAAUGAAAUAAAAUAAAGAACACUUUGGCCCAAAAUGGCUGACCACAAUCAAAAUAUUGAAUAAUGCGGAAAAAUGGAAAUACAACAAAAACUGCAUUGCAGUUUAGAAUCUGUACACAAUAUGGUAUAAAACAAUAUUUACAUGAACAAAACAGUGUGUUGAUGUCACAGCAGGUCUUUGGUAUUUUAAAUUUUUAUUUUGUCUUAACAUAGCACAUUGUUAAAGCCUUAUCUCAAUAAUUCCUUGAUAGAUUUUCCUCAAAUUUGGCACAAACUCAAACUAUGAUUAUUAUAUUCUUUUAAGGUCAAGUGCACUGAAACCUCACAUUCUAUUUUUAAAGUAUUUAACGUAAAGGCCUACUGAAACCCACUACUACCGAACACGCAGUCUGAUAGUUUAUAUAUCAGUGAUUAAAUAUUAACAUUGCAACACAUGCCAAUACGGCGGGUUUAGUUUACUAAAUUACAAUUUUAAAUUUCCUGCAGAAUUUCCUGUUGAACACGUUGCGGAAUGAUGACGUGUAUGAUGACGCGUGCGUGUGACGUUUCGGGUUGGAGGGGACAUAUUAGCGCAGCACCACUUGCGGCUAAAAGUCAUCUCUUUUCAUCGCGCAAUUACACAAUAUUUUGGACAUCUGUGUUGCUGAAUCUUUUGCAACUUGUUCAGUUAACAAUGGAGAAGUCAGAUGGAGGUGGGAAGCUUUAGCCUUUAGCCACACAAACAUGGUGUUUUCUUGUUUAAAAUUUGCGGAGCUGAAGCUUUGCUGUGGAUCAGAGCGGUCAAGCGAACGUGGUUCCCGACCACUUGUCAACCGGCAGGUUUCGGUGAGAAAAAGUUUGGUAAAAAGUCGCCUGUUACCGGAGAUCAGCUGAGCUUGCGCCGUCCAUGCAGCUGCCGUCGACUUCCCUCAGAGACUGGCAUCAAGACACCUGUGGACACACCCCUCCGACUAUCAGUUGUAUGCUGUGGACUACCUUUUUUUGGUAUGCUGUGAGCUAUUCCCUGGAUCCCGACUCCUGUCCCGGUUUGCUGUUUCCUGGUUUCUGGCAUCUAAGAGGAACAUCUUCUCCCUGAGCAACAGCAGUUGAGCUUCAGGAUGGUGCAGGAGGAGCCACAGCAUUUCCACAUUGAAAAGGAAGACAAGAUGCCACAGACCGUGCAAAUUAAAAAAGAAGAGGAAGAACUACUGACCCCGCCUUUGAAGGUUGAAGAGGAGUUCCCAUUCAACCUCCAUUUUAAAGAGGAAGAGGAGUACUCACAGACACCCUAUUUUAAAGUGAAAGAGGACGACCCACUCACCUCUCAUUUUAAAGAGGAAGAAGGAGAACACAGCAUCAGUCAGGAGGGAGAGCAUCUUGAAGGACUGGAGGAGGUUGAUGUCACCAAGAUGCCAUUGACUCCUGUGAUUGUGAAGAGUGAAGAUGAUGAGGUCAAAGAUGAAAGUGAGGAGAAAAGAGAGGCGGAACCUCCAAGCAGAAGCUCAACUCAACACAUGACAACAGAAGCUGAUGGAGACCACUGUGGAGGAUCGCAAGCAGACAGGAUCUUAGCUCCACUAUCAGAUAGUGACAACACAACGUCUCACUCUCCUGACACUGAUGAUGAAGUAUUUGAAGAUGAUAAGACAGGUCACACUGACAACACUCACUUGACAUGUUGUCACUGUGACAAAACUUUUAAACACCAUUGGGAUCUGAAAGUACACAUGAGAACACACACUGGAGAAACACCGUUUUCCUGCUCAAAAUGUGGUAAAGGUUUUGUACAAAGUGGUAAUCUGAAAGUACACAUGAGAACACACACUGGAGAAAAACGUUUUUCCUGCUCAGAAUGUGGUAAAGAUUUUGUACUAAGAUAUAAUUUGAAAGUACACAUGAGAACUCACACUGGAGAAAAACCAUUAAUGUGCUCAAUUUGCGGUCAAAGAUUCACAGACAAGGCACGUUUGAUAAGACACACAAGAAUACACACUUGUGAAACACCUUUUAUCUGUUCGGAAUGUGGCAAAGGUUUUAUGCAAAGUCUCUAUUUGAAAGCACACAUGAGAAUACACACUGGAGAAAAACCUUUGUCAUGUUCAGUCUGUCAUAAAGGUUUUAUACAAUGUGGUGAGUUGAAAAGACACAUGAGAACACACACUGGUGAAAAACCUUAUACAUGUUCAGUAUGUUCUAAAAGUUUUUUACAGCAUAAUGGUUUGAAAAGGCACAUGAGAACACACACUGGUGAAAAACCUUAUAUAUGUUCAGUAUGUUGUAAAAGUUUUAUACAAAGUCAGCAUUUAAAAGAACACAUGAGAACACACACUGGACAGAAAGUGUUGAGUUGCAGUGUGUGUGGUGAAAGAUUCUCUUCCAAGUACCAGUGUAAGAAACACAAGUGUGCUGGUGAGAACAGCAGCAAACAAAUGAAGCUGCAGGAUUUGAAAUAAACUGUCAACACUUUAAACAUUCUAACUACAUCAGCACAUAUAACAUGUGACAUCAUUGUUGUGUGUGAAACACAAUUUUGGUUAAUAUUCUUCUAAUGUUUUUAAAAUACAUGUUUUAAUAGACCAGAUUGUGUACUUUUUAAAAAAAGUGAACAUACCACUUUGACUGAAAAGGUGAGAUUAAACUGGACAAAACAUGUUACAAAUACAUUUUAUGUGUAUAUAGAUAUUCAGAAACCAUUUUUGUUUUUGUUUUUAAUUGUUAAUGUUAUAGAUGAACUCCUUUAUAUGGUAAACGUAUUUGUUUUACAUUUGUUCAUACAUUUGCUUUUGAGUACACAUACAUUCCUCUUAGUUCACAUUUACUGGUUCACAUCUGGAACACUUCUGGAAGCACAUUAUUAUUUACUUUAUACAUCAUUUGAGCAGUUGUGUUCUAUACAAGAUCAUUUACUUUUAAAAUGAAUCAUUUAUUGGAUCUCGACAAUCCAUUCUAUUAAUUAUCUUUAUUACUCUCUGUGGCCCUGCGAUGAGGUGGCGACUUGUCCAGGGUGUACCCCGCCUUCCGCCCGAUUGUAGCUGAGAUAGGCGCCAGCGCCCCCCGCGACCCCAAAAGGGAAUAAGCGGUAGAAAAUGGAUGGAUGGACUCUGUUGUAAUACGAAUAUUGUUUUAUAUGUAUUUGAAGUUUUUAUGUAAUUUGUAGAUUAGAGAAGAUUGCAACAUUUUAUGUGAAAGGUUACAAAGGAUAGUUUUGUUUUGAUGAUCUACAUUUCUGAAUAAAACUACACAUGACAAUUA